UGACAGCUAGAAUACCACCGAAUACUCCAAUCCAAAAUAGAACUGUUCUUCCGGCCGUAAUCUCAAAAUUGAGGACUAGAUCAGGGUCCAAUAACGAUGCUAGAAUGAGUACUCCAGCAAAGGACCCAGCGAUGAAAGACACGAAGCGGGCAACAUCGAAAGGAGUAUAUCUCCGGGAGGAUAUCGUGGAUGGAUUCUUUUGUGUUUCCUAG